GGGGCCAUGGCGGGGCUGAAGACGGCAACGGGGGAGAGCAUCGAUGGCUCCUUUGAGCUGCAGGUGGAGGUGGAGGGGGCUUCAGGGGGUCCUGAAAACGCCCCCGACCCCCCCACCGCCAAGGGGGGACCCUCCUCUGGGCCCCCCCCGGCCACCGUCACCCUCAGCCUGCGCGUCACCGGGGACCUGCACGUCGGCGGCCUUAUGCUGAGGGUGGUGGAGACUGUGGGGGUGAAGCGGGACUGGUCUGACCACGCGCUGUGGUGGGAGCAGCGCUGCCAGUGGCUGCUGCGCCCCGGGAGGACGUUGGAUGCCCUCGGGGUGGGGGCGGACGCCCGGCUCCGCUUCGCCCCCCAGCACCGACCCCUUCGGCUGCGGCUGCCCAACCGGCGCCGUCUGCGCCUGCGGCUCUCCUUCGCCCAGCCCGUGUGCAGCGUGGUGGCCGAAGCCUGCCGCCUGCUGGGCAUCCGGUACCCCGAGGAGCUGUCGCUGCUGCGCCCCCCCGAGGAGGAGGAGGAGGAAGAAGGGGGGGGCAAGAAAGGCAGCGGUGGACCCCCCCCGGGGGGGGUUGACUUUGACCUCAGCUCCGUUGUGCUGCCCCCUGGCCAGGACGGGCCAUGGAGGGAGCCUCCCCCCCACCUGCUCCCCCCACCGGGGGCCCCCCCGGGCACCCCCAGCUGUUACUGGAUGCUGGUGGCUCCCCGGGGGGGGCUGGGACCCUGUGCCCCCCCCCGACCACCCCGAGGGAAUCCCUUGCUGCAUCGCACCCGCCUCAACUCACGCUGGUUGGUGUCGUCGCGCUCGCUGAUGCAGCAGGGGGUGGGCGACGACGAGGAGCUGCUGCUGCGCUUCAAGUAUUACUGCUUCAUGGACAUCGACCCCCAGGUGGACGCGGUGCGCGCGGCGCUGCUGUACGAGCAGGCGCGGUGGUCGCUGCUGCUGGAGGAGGUGGACUGCACCGAGGAGGAGAUGAUGCUGUUUGCUGCGCUGCAGUACCACAUCGAUGAGUUGGGGGGCUCUGAGGGGCCGGGGGAGCCUCAGGGGGGGGAAACCCCUGUGGAUGACCUGGAGGCCGCACUCAGUAACCUGGAGGUGACGCUGGGGGGGGGACCCACCGGGGACACCCCCGCACCACUGGAGGACCUUCCUGCCAUCCCUGAGCUGUCAGAGGAGCUGGAGAUCUACAGGCCCCGCCGCCUGGCGCUGCGCGGGUUCCGCCCCCACUGGGCCGUGCUGAGCGGCACCUCGCUGGCCUGGUACAAAGCGGGGGGGCGCGGGCGGGGGGAGCCCCUGCAGCAGCUCAACCUCAGGGGCUGUGAGGUGACCCCCGAUGUGGACAUGGGGGCCCAGAAGUUCUGCAUCCGCCUCCUGGUGGCCGCCCCCGAUGGGAUGAGUGAAGUGCAGCUGCGCUGCCGCGAUGCCCCCCAGUACGCACGGUGGCUCGCCGGGUGCCGCCUGGCCGCCUGCGGCCGCUCUUUGGCCACCGCUGCAUCCGGGGCGGAGGCGCGGGGGGUGCUGGGAGUGCUGGGGCUGCGCCCGGGGGGGGGCACCGACACCGACACCCCCACAGCGACCACCAACGCCGCGCCCCCCCCCGACCCCCGCCUGCUGCUCGCCCCACGCUUCCAGCGCAAGUUUAAGGCCAAGCAGCUGGUGCCCCGCAUCCUGGAUGCCCACCAGCGGGUGGCGGCCCUGGGGGGGGCGGAGGCGCGGCUGCGGUUCCUGCAGGCCUGGAGGGCACUGCCGGGCUUCGGGCUGGCCUGCUUCGUUGUGCGCUUCCAGGGCAGCCGUCGGGAUGAGGUUUUGGCCAUCGGCCCCACGCGGCUGCUGCGCAUGGAGCCCGGAACAGCCGCCAUCAGCCGCAGCUGGAGGUACAGCGCCCUGCGGCAGUGGAACGUCAACUGGGACAGCCGGCAGGUGGCGCUGGAGUUCGAGGAGCACCUGAAUGUGGCCUUCAGCGUCGUGUCGGCCUCGUGCCAGACGGUGCACGAGUACCUGGGGGGGUACGUCUGCCUGGGGGGGCGCACGCCGGGGCAGCCCCUGGACAUGGAGCUGUUCCACAAGCUGACGGGGGGGCACGAGGAGCCCUGAGGGGGGGCUCGGGGGUGGGGGCCUCGUGCAAAGGGCUCCUGGUGCGAGAGAUCCUCGUGCAAAGGGCUCCUGGUGCGAGAGAUCCUCGUGCAAAGGGCUCCUGGUGCGAGAGAUCCUCGUGGGAGGGGUCUCCAUUUGCUCGUGGUGCAAAGGGCUCUUUGUGCAAGGAGUCCUUGCGUGAAAGAGCUCCUCGUGCAAAACACUCUCGUGCACCACCCCCUUGCACCACUGUCCCUGUGUGUGAUGCUGGCACUGCCUUUGCCCUCCCCCCCCCA